AUGUCGACCAAGUUCUGGACGAAAUGGAGGGCCUUGCCCGUGCCCACGGCUAUGUGGAGGGACGUCUCCAAGGUGAAGGCUAUCCGGGUUGUGGUGGCGUGCGGGUCCCGGGCAAUGAUUUGUUUGGCCCGCUCCCAGUCUCCCAUCAGCGUGGCUCUGUACAGCGGCAGAUACUCUUGCCACUCGUGCUCGAGUACCUUGUGGCUGUGGCGGGCCGGUGGGGGUUGGCCCACCGUUGUUCUUCUCCAACUUGGCCCACACAUCUCUGGCGGUGGCCCAUUAAUCGUUAAGCAAAGAGUACCUUGUGGCUGUGGCGGGCUGGUGGGGGUUGGCCCACCGUUGUUCUUCUCCAACUUGGCCCACACAUCUCUGGCGGUGACCAAAUGGGCCACCGUCCUAAGCGUCGGGUCGUCCAGUGACCCGAGAAUCCAGCCCAUGACCACUCGGUCCGUCCUCCACGCCACAUUAUUGUCUGCCGACGGAGGAUUCAUGGCGUCGAUGAAGCGGGUCAAGUCGUGGGCCUCAAUGAGGCAGAGCAACUGCCGUCUCCAGGACCGGUAG